UCCCGGACUGCUCCCCUGAGCUAAGCUGCUGCCCAACAAGAACUUCCACACCACUUGCCCACCCUCUCUCUCUCUCUCUCGAUUCUCUGCCGGCUCUCCCUCGAGCUCAUCGACUCCUACAUGGAGAACUCCGAGGGGCCGUCCCCGGACUCCGGUGAUCGCACGGCACCGGUUCAGGAUGUCGAUGCCCAAACUACACCUGGGUAUAAUUCGCGAAGGCCAAACCUUUCUUUGCAAAUACCAGCUAGGACCUUGGAUACCAGUGUACAGACUUCGACAAGGGUUACUAUAUCCCCCAGCCCUAGUUCAACGAGAGUGGGUUUGCCACCAAGACCUAAUUCAACGAGAACAAAAUCAUCUAUCAAGAACAUCAAUCCUCAGAACAGUUUCAGAGCAAGGAGUUCAGCCCAGGAAGGUGAUCGAGUGGUCCUUCUAAAUCCUGGGACGUCAUCUGAAGGGCAGCAGGAUAACCCAACCACAGCAAGAUCGUUUUCUUUUAGAAAGGUCAUUAGCUCAUUAUCGGCAAAAAGGACCCAUUCUCUUCCAGUCACGCCUGUAGGAACUACUGACAAGACUGCAUCUCCUGCAAAUCAAUUAGAUACCCUGCCAACUACAUCUACUGAAGGAGUUGAAGCAAAAAUUAGGCGUUCACUUUCAGUACCAGGAAAUCGCAAAAACAGAAGUUUGAGGAGGGCAGAUUCAAUAGGCGUCAUUCGUGUGAUUCCAACAACCCCACGAUCUGUGCCAGUCGAUGCAACCACAUCGAAUGAUGUAAUUGAAGAAACAAUCGAUGUCCCUGAAAAUGGAGGUGAAGAUAUUCCUGAAGAAGAGGCAGUCUGCAGAAUUUGUUUUAUUGAGCUCAACGAAGGAGGGGAAACACUUAAAAUGGAGUGCAGCUGCAAAGGAGAACUUGCCCUUGCACACCAAGAUUGUGCUGUCAAAUGGUUUAGCAUCAAGGGAAACAAGAUAUGUGAUGUCUGCAAACAAGAAGUUCAGAAUCUGCCAGUGACGUUACUGAGAAUACCAACUCAAACUGCAAACAGGCGGGUAGCAAAUGCUGCUCAGCAGAGAGCAGCUCAACAAUACAGAUUUUGGCAGGACAUUCCAAUUCUGGUGAUGGUUAGCAUGCUUGCGUACUUCUGUUUCUUGGAACAACUUCUGGUUACUAAUUUGCAGUCACGUGCACUGGCAAUUUCAUUGCCUUUCUCAUGCGUGCUAGGCCUCCUUUCUUCAAUGAUAGCAUCAACUAUGGUGUCGAAGAGCUAUCUAUGGGCCUAUGCUUCAUUCCAGUUUGCUAUUGUCAUCCUGUUUGCUCAUAUCUUCUACAAUGUGUUGAGAGUGAAUCCAGUCCUUGCAGUCUUACUCUCCUCAUUCACUGGGUUCGGUAUUGCUAUUAGUACAAACUCUCUGCUAGUAGAGUAUUUGAGGUGGAGAGCUAGAAGGAAUCACCGUUUGGCUCAGCAGGCUGCCAAUGCCGCACAGCAUCAAGAAUCUGGGAAUGAUGGUGCAAAUGACAACGAUGGUGCUAGGCAGCAAGGGCGCGAUGCAAAUUCUGGGAACAAUGCUGUAUGAUUCAGAUUAUGAAAUGUUAUGGGUGUGAACAGCUGUUUUUUUAAAUCUGUACAGUAAGUAUAGCUCAUUCAACUCGGCACCAGUCACAAGGAGCUGAAACCUGGAAAAACGUAUCUUCAUAUGCCACGUGGAGGGUGCUCACGGAUAUAAUUAUACAUCACGUAGAGAUGAACCAAAACAUGAUAUGUUUGUGUAUUAUUAGUCCAAGUAGUUUGACAUCAAAUGUAUGGCUUAUUCAUUCUAAGGUUAAUAGAUCUGAUAUAUUACAGAAGUAUAUCACUAAGUGUGUGCAGCAUAUAGUUGUGAUUUUUCUCUCAAAAAAAAUAUAGUUGUGAUUUGUGAGCAUAGCCCUAUAGAUAUACGUAAAUGAAAUGUAUCUUUCCAGUAUUGAGGAUUGCUAGUCAGCACGGAAGAAAUAUUCAGAUUGAAUUGUGA